AACAGCAAGUUUCACGCGAUCUAGUCUCGAACUUGUUCCGCGCAUUACUGUUACAUGCUGUGGAGGCUCGGUGUGGCUCACCCAACGUUGCUACUGCGUUGGAGACUUCCGGCGUUAGGAAAGUCCAUAUAAAUUGCGAGAGCAGUCGUCUCCACAGCUUCAACGCUUUCUGCCUACUCCCUUCGACCGACAGGUGGCGAUCGACCAUGUCCCUCACCGAUACUUUCGCAAACGUUUUCACACCCACUCAUCACGACGUGUACGACUUUAUUGAUCCGUCCAAUGCGCUGAAGGGCAGCGCCAAAGGUCGCAAAGUUCUCAUCACCGGCGCCGGCACUGGGAUCGGACGAGGCAUUGCCCUCUCUUUUGCCAGGGCCGGAGCCGAGUCUUUGGUCCUCGUGGCUCGUAGACGCGAGCCCUUGGAGGAGACCAGGUCGAUGAUCCAGUCUUCGUUUGGAGAACAAACAGAGGUACUUGUCUGCUCCGGCGUGGACAUCUCCGAUCCCUCUGCGGUAGAUGAGCUCUUUGCCUCGGACGCGCUGAGAUCAAGGCCUGCCGAUGUACUCGUGUCAAACGCGGGUGUGGCACUUUCCAGGGCACCAGUACAGGACUCGGAUCCGUCGCUGUGGUGGUCGGACUUUGAGAUCAACACAAAGGGCCCCUAUCUGCUGUGCCGGGCCUUCUUGCGCGCACGAAGAGCGGCAAUGAUGUCGUCAUCGUCAUCCCUACAGGCUCACUCAUUCGAUCGAUCAGGCCGGCCAGGCUAUAUUAUCAACGUAACAACGAAUACCACGCGGUACCAGGCAAACAUGUCUUCCUACUCGGGUAGCAAAAACGGGCUCAACAUCCUCACAGAGGCCAUCGAGGCCGAGCAGAAAGGGGAUGUGCACGCCUAUGCACUCCAUCCCGGCGGCGUUGCUGGCACCGGCUUAACAGGCGAGAAUAUCAAGCUCCCCCCGAAGAUCGCAGCGCUUAUGGUCGAUAAGCCGGAGUUGGCAGGAGCUACAUGCGUGUGGCUCUGCACGGAGAAAGCGCACACGCUCGGCGGACGCUACCUGAGCGCCACAUGGGACAUGCAAAAGGUUCUGUCGCUGAGUGAUUCACUCGAAGACGAUUCGCUCAAGACCAGGGUCAGCGGCGUGACCUGGGCGAUGUAGCUUGCUUCAGCCACGUGCCUUGGGUGCUGUGGUCCCCGCAUGAUGCGGCGACGGCGAAAAUUCUAUCGCUCCCCAUUGUUCGGACGACGAAGA